CACACACACACAUACUCCUACCCCUUCUCUUUCCCUUCCUCAAUCCAUACACCGGAGAGUAUGCUGCUGCGGAGGACAGGCACAUGGCUGGCGGGCAGCGGGCGGCGGGCACUGAGCGCGUCACGUCCCGAGGUGACCGCCGAGGCAAGGGACUCGCUUGAGGGAAGGACAGGCAUUCCGGCGGAUGCAUGGGUCGACGGCGCAGGGCCGGCAGAAGGCGGCGGUGGGCCCGAGGUUCACAUCGGCUCCAAGAUCGUCGGCUACCCCAUCUUGGCCUUUAUCCUCGGCUCGUUUGCCUACACCGGCUACCGCAUCGCCACGGGAACCAACGAGCCGUGGACCGACGAUGACUUCCGCCUGCCCACCCACGUCGAGAUCGAGGCCAAAUCUGCUGCCAUGCGUGCCGAGAUCCAGGCCUCCAUCGACGCCGCCGCCGCCGCCAAGACAUCGCCGCCGGCGUCGGACGCGUCGCAAUCAUGA